AUGGAAGGUCAGUUAGUUCGUCGAAUCAAAACCAUAUGUGUACUUUGUGGCUCUCAACUUGGGAGUGAUAUUUGUUACGCACUUGCAGCAAGCGAACUAGGCAAAAAAUUAGGAGAAAAAAAAAUUAAUUUGGUAUAUGGAGGGGGAAGUCGUGGAUUGAAUGGUUAUGUUUCACAAGCUGUACAUCUUGGAAAUUCAUCUGUGGUAGGUGUAAUGCCAUUCCCUUUAGCUGAACCACAUAUUUCUGGGAUUACACGCGGUCAACUUAUAGAAACGACUUCUAUGUCUGAGCGUAUGGCUUGUAAGAUUUAUCAGUCAGACGCCUUCAUUGCUUUACCAGGAGGUUUUGGAACACUUGAAGAAAUGUUUUGUAUAAUCUCCUGGGCCAAGAGUAAUCUCCAUACCAAACCCAUUGGACUUUUAAAUGUUAACCAUUUUUUUGAUGGGUUGCUCUCUUUUCUUGAUCAGGCUGUGGAUCAAAAGUUCAUUUCUCUUUCAGCAAGAAAGAUUCUCAUUUUCGCAUCCACCAUUGAUGAGCUGCUAGAAAAAUUACACACUUAUGUUCCACAGCACGAUCCUUAUGAGCCUUGGAUAGACUGGUCUAAGGCAAUUAGUAACAAGCGCCAAAGGGGUCCGAUUAAUUUAGAUUUAUCACUGUGA